ACAAUUCAUGCUGGUCUCUUCACUGAAGGGCUCGCGUUAUCCAGAUCCCAUUCUUGGCAACUUUUUGUAUGUGCCUUGGCAAGGACACACUGACCACCUAGAUUUUCCUGUUACGGAGCACAGGCCAUCUUUCAAGGUCAACAUUAAUCCAAUUUUUCAUUCAAAACCAACACAUCAUCCACACACCUUAAGGCUAAUGGUUAGGUUAGGGUUAGUGGCUAGAUUAGCGGUUAUGAUUAGUGGUUAGGAUUAGGUGU